GGGGGGGGGGAGACUGAGGGCAUAGCUGUCAACCUUCCCUUUUUUUGCGGCAAAUCCCCUUAUUCCAGUGCCGUUUCCCGCUGCUGUCCCGGAUUGUUAGAUAUCCCGUAGCCUGGCCCCGGGACAGUGUACAGAAAUCAUCAGUCUGCUGCCAGGAGUUGGAGUUUAGGCUUAGGUGUUCGGGAGCAGAGCUGAGCACACAAACAACAGAGAAUUACAGAUGAUAUAGAUUGCAAAUUUUACACAGGAUAAGAGCUAUCUCUUCAUUUGUAAACUUUUGAAGUCAUCCGUAGUUAAGGCUUCUACAGCAUCCCCUGCCCUCUAUUUCCUUGGGGGCCAAAAUGUCCAACCAUCACAUGGCGCACAUGGGCCAUGAUAUGAAUAGUUCAACAACGCCCACCCCAGAUCCUCAUGCACACCAUCAUGCCAUGACAACAUCGGGGCAUAUACAUGAUGGAGGGAUGAUGAUGAUGAUGGAUAUGACCUUCCACUUUAGUUAUAACAAUGUGCCUUUGCUGUUUUCCGGGCUUGUCAUCAACACUGCUGGAGAAAUGGCUGGUGCAUUUGUGGCCAUUUUCCUCCUGGCCAUGUUCUACGAAGGCCUGAAGAUUGCCCGAGAGAGCCUCCUCCGGAAGUCACAAGUCAGCAUCCGCUACAACUCCAUGCCAGUUCCUGGACCAAAUGGCACAGUCUUGAUGGAAACACACAAAACAGUUGGGCAACAGAUGCUGAGCUUCCCUCACCUUUUCCAGACUGCACUGCACAUCGUCCAGGUGGUGGUCAGCUACUUCCUUAUGCUUAUCUUCAUGACCUACAAUGGCUACCUCUGCAUUGCCGUGGCAGCAGGCGCUGGGACAGGCUACUUCCUCUUCAGCUGGAAGAAGGCUGUGGUGGUGGAUAUCACGGAGCAUUGCCAUUAACACCAGGCGAUGGGUCCAGGCCUUUCCCUACAGCCUCUGGCAGGGACCAGGUGCAGCCCCAGUCUUACUGGAAACCAGGCCAAGAACAUCCCAUGUGAUGCUUCCCCCCCCCCCCAAACUCUCUGGGGAUGAAACCUGUGCCUCUCACUCCCCCCUCCCCCCAUUUCCCCCUCCUUCCCAAUAAACAUGGGCUCCUGACCAUAGCUGUCAACCUUCCCCUUUUUUGCGGGAAAUUCCCUUAUUCCAGUGCCGCUUCCCGCUGCUAUUCCGGAUUGUUAGAUAUCCCGUAGCCUGGCCCCGGGACAGGUGAGGCUGCUGAUCUUUUAUUGUCGAGGCUGCUGAUCCUGUAUUUUCAAAUCUGAAAGUUGACAGCUAUGCUCCUGACUGGUGGAAAGAGUGCUGAUCGCCAGCUAAGAUAGCCUGCUGAGGAUGGUUGGCUUUAUAUGCUAGAUACAAUUAGUGUGCUUGAUUGUACUUUUUUGUUUUUAGACUGUACCAUGAUUGAAAAUAGCUGGCAAGCUGACAGGAAAAUUAUUCCACAUUCUUUUAAUAAUACUUUUAAGUAGCAUAUGCUCUAUUGUUAUUUUUUACUCAAAUCAGCGGUAGCAGAAAUGUACAGAGAGCUUCAGUCAUUGUGCCAGUACUUCUUUCUGGUAAUAUAAUAGAGGCCUGUGCCUAUUGCUUGGAGGCUCUUGAUCACUUGUUUCCUCAAUGUUUGAGUCUAGUAUUGUGCUCUUUUCCCAAACCCCCAAGCCAAGCAGUUUAUGCCCCCCUGAUUUUGGGCAGCCUGUUGCCUCUGGUCCAGGAACUGCUGCAGCACCUGCUUUUCAGAACAGCAGUGGGCCUCUACACAUCAGCCAAGGGUAAUAGGCCAACUGCUAAGAACAACACAUAGCUCAUGUGCAACUGGGACCUGCUGAUUUAACGAUGGGAUGUGCAAAAAUGAAUGCAAAUGAAACCAGUUUUCAAAGUAGCAAGUUCUAUUUUAAAUAAACUGAUGGAACAAAACACUGGCUACGUUUCGACUUUUGGGUAGGAAGAGUGUCUGUCUUAUACAAACGGUUUGCAUAUUGAUCCACAAGAUUGGAACUCCCUCAGACCAGGCUGGAGUUGGGAAAUCUUUAGGCAGUUUCUGCUCCAGCGAUCUAUCUGUUGUUCUUUUUUGAGGAAGGAGUAGUGGGUGGGUUUCUCUCCUCCUGGUACAUUUCUGCAAUGGCUUUUGUCUAUUUCCCAGCCCCCUUUAAGAUAAAGACCAGCACAGGAGUUGCCAGGGAGCACACACAAACCUAUUACCCACUCCAGAAGAUACUGAACUACAACUUCCAUCAUCCUCCCUAGCCAUUGGCUGAUGGGUGUUAGAGUUUAGCAGCAACUGAAGGGCCAAAGGUUCCUCACACCUGUGUUAAUUCAUUUACAGGUAGGCAUCUCAGUUUGCAGUUUCAAGCAGCAAGCUAGCUAGGGAUCAAUGUCCUUGACUGUCUAAAUCAUCACAAGAAACUUAGUUUCCCUCUUAAGAACACUACUGGUUUUCCCUGAAGUAACACUAUCCCAGAAGAAAGUGCAGGUUGUGUCGGUGAUUCCUGGUAUGUUCUAGAUCUAGCCCCAAAAUAAUAGUGCAUGUCUCAGGAUGCUGAAAAAAUAUAUUUUUUAUUUUCAAAGCAACCCUGUGACUUUUGCCUUUCUUGCACUUCUUUUCUAAUGUAGGUUUAGGGCAUAACCUAAUUUAUUUAAGAAAGAUGGUGAAGACCACCUGAGUGUUGUUUUCUGGAAAAGUGGUACCUUACACUAUUAGCACAGGGCUAUCCAAAAUGAAAUUUUAUAAUUGUGAACUGCUUUAUAUACCCAAAAAUCCCAGUAGAAAUACCAUAACCCCAUCCCAAAAAGUCCACUAUGUCAUAGAAUCAUAGAAUUGUAGAGUUGUCCCCCUUGUGUUUUGAUCGGUCCUGGAGCAAACAAAGAAUCCAGCAACCAAUAGAGCUGUGUGUCUGCCCCAAAGUCAGGUGUGGAGAAACUUUGGCCUGCCAGAUGUUGCUGAACUACAUCUCUCAUCUCUGGCUGUUAGCUGUUAGCAAUGCUCGUUGCCUGGACUGAUGGGAGUUGUAUUUCAAGACAUGUGGAGGGCCAAAGGUUCCCCCACACCUGCCCUAAGCUCAUCAGCAGUACAAUGUAAGAAAUCUUUCCUGGAAGGGUUACAGGGCUCUGUUGAUGUCAUGCAGGGCAUACCUACCUUCCCCAAAAGGAACAAAUGUGAAGAACCAAUUAUCUGUUUUAAUGUCAUGCAAGAGGCUACUUUCUUAGGUAGGAAGGACGACCUGGAGGCUGCAGUUGGGGAAUCAGUGGCCUAUGUUGCAUGCCACUGCUCACUUGAUGACCCUUAAUAUACAGAUUCAAAAGCUGCCUUGUAGCAGACCACACAAAUACAACUAGAGCUAAUGAAGGAUGUAACUCUUUUUUCUGUGCUGAUUAAUACACAGCCAGUAGGGCCUCGGUGGGUUUAUUCACAAGGAACAAGGAAGUCUGCAAGAAAAACAUCUCAUGAGGGACUGGGCCAGUUUCCCCUUCAAUACAACAAACAAUAGUUUAAGUUUGAUGUAGAGUACCUUUGGCCUUCCAGAUGUUGCUGAACUACAACUCCCAUCAUUCCAGGCUGUUGACCAUGCUUGCUGAGGCUGAUGGGCGUUGUAGUUCAGGAACUUCUGGAAGGCCAUAGGUGUAGCUGGAAGUGCCAAACAGCAUCAAACUGAAAUAACUGACACAGAAGCAGAAUAGGACUUUAACCAGCAUUAGUUUGUCCUCUAUUAAAAGGUAUGUAGCAAACAGGCUCCUCUCACUACCUCAUUCCCCUGCAGCAGGUAUUCACAUAGGCAUUUCUACCUCUGUAGGUUAGGGAUGUGGGUGGCGCUGUGGUCUAAACCACAGAGCCUAGGGCUUGCUGAUCAGAAGGUCGGCAGUUCGAAUCCCCACAACGGCGUGAACUCCCAUUGCUUGGUCCCUGCUCCUACCAACUUAGCAGUUUGAAAGCACAUCAAAGUGCAAGUAGAUAAAUAGGUACUGCUGCGGUUGGAAGGUAAACGGCGUUUCCAUGUGCUGCUCUCGUUCCUCAUGCUGGCCACAGGACCCAGAAGCUGUCUGCAGACAAACGCUGGCUCCCUUGGCCAGUAAAAUGAGAUGAGUGCUGCAACUCCAGAGUCGUCCGCAACUGGACUUAAUGGUCAGGGGUCCCUUUACCUUUAUCUAGAGGUUAUCUAGCUAACAGCCACCAAUUACUUUAUUGGCUAUAAAUUUGACCAAUCUUCCUUUAAAGGCAUCAAACCAGUGGUCGUUGCCAAAUCCUGUGUUAGUGAAUUCCAUAAACUAAUUUAGAUGUUCGUUGUUUUGGGUAUGUCUUGAAUCUGUUGCCAUUGAUGUAGUAAAGCAUUGCGUAGCAGAUGAGGGUCCCUGUACAUACUUCUUGUUGGAACUACAGCUGCCAGCAUCCCUGGUCAUUGCCCAUGCUGGCCAGGGCUGUUGGGAUUUCACAACAUCCACAGAGGGUCACCAUUUGGCUACCCCUGUCUACAGAAGCCCUUUGGGCAAGUUUAUUGGAAGCUAAAAAUGAAAGCAGUGUAUCAUUUAACUCUUGGUCAUUCAAUAUGUUGUUAUGUUGCUUAGCAUAUAAUAAGAGAGGCUUUAUUUAAAUAAUUUGCCUAAACUCUUCCCUGCAACCACAUUCAUGGUCCUAAUUGAAAUGAAACAGCUCCUCUGUAGGGGAACACUUAAGACUGAAGGUCUAUACCUCCAUUACCAGUAAGGGAAAUAUUUUGGACUGAUUUCUUUGGCAUAAUUUCUUUAGAAGGCAUGUACAACCCUUCUUGAGCAUGCUUGGCUUUCAGUCCCUGCAUAUAAAAAUGAUACCCACUUUUCUGCUUUAGACUUCUGCAAAAAUUGACUUUGGAGGCAACAAGAGUAGAAUUUAAAUAUCCAUUUGCUUCAAGUGGUCUUUUUUUUUUUUUUUUGGUAAACUGCUUUGAGUGUGGGUGGUUCUUUUCAUCCAAGAUCACUACGUGCCCCAAAUGAAUAAUACUGUGUAAGUAAAGUUAGUAACUUUAUAAAGUGAGAUGUAAGGUUAUUACAGAAUUUCUGCAUGCAGUCUGUCUUUAGCAUGAAGCAAACAAACUGUGUCCUAGUUUAAAUGUCACAGUCAAAUGGCUUCCCCAGGUCUAUGUUGUGUUUUAUGUGUUUUUAACAUUUCACUAUACACUAAGUCAUUUGAAAAGGUGAAAGUCUAUAGUAGAUGGUAGGUAACUGAGCUAUGUGUAAGCAGCGUCCAACCUCUGAAUCAUCCCUUUACAGGCAGGAUGCUCAUACUAGAGUACAGGGAUGGGGAACCUUUGGGCCCACCAGGUACUGCUGCACAAAAGUUCCCAUCAUUUCUGACCAGGGGCAGUGCUGGUUAGGGCUGAUGGGAGCUGGAGUCCCAACAUCUGCAAGGCCACAGAUUUCCCCACCUCUGCCCUAAUGAUAGUAUCAGUGUGCUACCAGCUUUAGGAGACCUAAACUUUCAUUUUAUAUAGAUGGGAGGAAACCAGUCUCUUCUAGUGUGCCUAAUCUUGGCUUAUAUCUUAUGUAUAACUGGAAGUAAAACAAAACAGGCAAUUUGAAUCUUAUGUGCAUUUAACAUGUGAUUUCAGCAAUAUGUGCUUGGUGGCUGCUACAUUCCAGCCUUUUUCUUCUGCCUGCUUCUGUUUCUCUACUUGCUUCCCGCCAUCAGUCCACAAACCCAUUUCUGCCCAGGCAAGUACUGCUUGGCAUGUUCUGUGAGUGGGGUGCCUUUGGUGGAAGUGUGGUAGCUCUGAGAGUGAAGAUCCGCAAUGUUCUCAUGAGAAGUUGCAAGAAAGGCUUUUCAUGGGUGUACUUGAGGCCUCCAGCUUCCUCCCACCUCUGAGCCUUCAACUUGUCAGUUGCCCCCUUUGAACAGUCGUGGCUUCUCAAAAAAUCCUGUGUACCUCAGUUAAGGGUACUGAGAGUUGCUAGGAGACCCCCUUUUCACCUCACAGAGUUACAACUCCCAAAGUUCCCAUGCUAAAAGGAUUGACUGUUAAACCACUCAGGGAAUUGUAGUUAUCAGAGGACUAGGGGUUUCCUACCAACUGGAGCACCCAUAACAAAUUGAAGUUCCCAAGAUUCUUUGGGGAAAUCAUGACUGCUUAAAGCAAUGCGAUAUUGCUUUAAACAUAUGGUGCAGUUGGGGCCUCAUUUUACUUGCUAAAGAAUUGUGUCGCUGGUGCUGUAUACCCCACUGUGCCCAAUAAACAAUGGUGCCUUUCAAUGUAUUUUCAGACUUGUCUCUCUCUUCUAGCAAAAUAUUCUAUGGCAGAUGUACAUUAAAUCCAGUUUGAGAUUGCCCAUCUGAUAACAUUAUAUAAGUACAGAUGAACAGUCUGUGUAUGUAACUAAUAAAGCAGAAUGUAUUGUAUAGAAA